AUGUCCAUGCCGCUGGUGCCCGUGAUGUUUCCGCUGGGCAGCGGCCCGCUCACCGCGGUGCCACUCGGCGGCGCCGGGGCCCCGCCCAACGGCGCCAUGGGCAGCAACGGGCUGAUGCUCGCGCCAGCGCCCGGCAUGAUGAUGGUGCCGGGCAGCAUACCGCUCGCCGCGCCGCUCGCGGGCGCGGGCGCGGGCGCGCCGGGCGUAAAGGCGCUCCCCAUGGCGCCGCUGGGGUCGCAGCAGCUGCACCAGCAGCUGCUGCAGCAGCAGCUCGUGCUGCAGCAGCAGAUACAGCAGUCGCAGGCGGCGCUGCACAAAGCGGCCGCGCAGAAGGCCGCGGCUGCGGCCGCGGCCGCGGCGGCGUUCGGCGCCACCCCCUUGCAGGCAGCCGAGGCCGCGCCGCAGCAGCAGGAGCCGCAGCAGCAACCGCAGGCGGCGCCCAGCUCGCCGCAGGCAGAGGUGGUGGCGGUGCCGCAGGCGCAGCAGGAGCAGCAGCAGCAGCAGCAGCAGCAGUUGCAGGCAGCAUCGCCCGUGGAAGCGGUGCCCAGCGCCAGCAGCGGCAGCCAGGAGCCGGCUGUGGGAGAGGAAGCUGCCGAGCAGGCGCCCGCCGACCCCCCCGCGCCGCACGCCGCCCGCUCCGCGCGCGCACCACGGCCGCGGGCGGCCGGCGAUUACGAGGGCGGAGACGACGACGACGAUGACGAGGACUACCUCGGAGACGAGGACGGCCCUACUACCGCCCCCGCCGCGCGCGCCCGCGGCGCCGGCGGCGCCGCCAAGGCGCCCGGCGGGGCCGGCAGCGGCGUUCCUGCGGUGGUGGUGUCGAAAGGGAAGAACAAGACGUAUCGUGGCGUGCGGCAGCGGCCGUGGGGCAAGUGGGCGGCGGAGAUUCGGGAUCCCACGGUCGGCGCGCGGCGGUGGCUGGGGACGUUCGACACGGCGGAGGAAGCUGCGCGCGCGUACGACGCCGCCGCGCGCGCGAUCCGCGGGCCGCAGGCGCGUUGCAACUUUGCGCUGCCCCACGACGGCGCGGCGGCGGCGGCGCAGGUUGCGGCGGGGGUGGAGGCGCUGCGGCGGGCGGACGACCGGGGGAGAGACGGUCAGCCAAACGUCGAGCCGUGA